AUGAUUAAAGAGUUGGUUACGAAAGGUCCAACAAGAGAUAUGGAUGUUAAGGGCCCCGUGGAUAAAUUUGGAAGACAUUUUUCUAAUACCAUGUACACUAGAAUUUUAUCAAAUAGGGAGACGUGCGAUAGAGAAUGGCUAGUGUAUUCGAAAAAACUUGACAAACUCUAUUGUUUUUGUUGUAAAGUUUUUAGAACGCGGCAUCCGAAAGGUGGGUUGGAUGAUGAAGGUUAUAACGAUUGGAGACAUGCCAGUGGUAGACUUAAAGAACAUGAAGUUGGUUUAGAACAUUUCAAGAAUAUGAAUGAAUGGUUUGAAUUGCGGCAAAGGUUGAAAUGCAAAGAAACAAUUGACAAAGGGGCAUAUGAGCACUUUAGAAAAGAAAAAGAUUAUUGGAAACAAGUCAUCUUAAGGAUUAUUUCACUUGUGAAGUUUCUUGCAAAAUAUGGCUUAGCGUUUCGUGGGUCAAAUGAGAAGUUGUAUCAAAAAGGAAAUGGAAACUUUUUGGGUUUGGUUGAGAUGUUGGAAGAGUUUGACCCGAUUAUGAAAGAACAUGUGCCCCGAGUUUUGAAUGAAGAGUGCCAUGUACACUUUCUUAGCCACAAUAUUCAAAACAAGUUGAUACAAUUAUUAGGGGAUAAAGUUAGAACCGAAAUCAUCAAGAAAGUUAAGCAAGCAAAGUAUUACUCCAUCAUCCUCGAUUGCACGCCUGAUACAAGUCACCAAGAGCAAAUGUCCAUAAUUGUGAGGUAUGUGAAUUUUAACUCUAGUUCUAUGACCAUUGAGGAAUCCUUUUUAGGUUUUUUGGUUGUUGAUGAUACCACAGGUUUAGGACUUUUUGAAGUAACAUGUAAGGCAUUAGAGUCGCUUGAUCUUGAUAUUGGUGAUAUGCGUGGUCAAGGCUACGAUAAUGGGGCAAACAUGAGAGGAAAAACAAAGGAGUUCAAACUAGAUUUUUAG